AAAAAGAACAGAUGAAGUACUCUUGAUAAUGUUAGUGGAUAAAAGAUGAAUAUGCAAGAGUGGCUAGUAUUUCUAAAUACCAAUAAGAAACUACGUGAAAAAUCAAGAAAUCAAUCCAAUAUACAAUAGUUUUAAACAAUAAAUAUCUAAAAAUGAAUUUAACAUGAAAGAUAAAAGAAUUAUAAACAAUAAUCACAAAAUAAAAUAUAUAGAAAAAAUAUAUAGAAAAAAUUAGUAAUGCAUUGAGAUUGAAAAAACUCACAAAGUCUAGAAGUGAAGGAGCAGAAACAUUGUAGAAAAAGCUAAAUGUUAAAAAUUAAGAAAACUAAAAUUAAGAAAGAAAGAAGAUGGGGAAAUGAAACAGUAAAAGACAAUAGAGAAUGCAUGAAAAUAUCUCACUGAAGUUAAAUGAAAAUCUGGUACAACUAUGAAAAAAUAACAUAAUAAACAAUAAAAUGUGUGUAGGAAAAGAAAAGGGAAAAAAAGAAAUCAAGGAAAGUAUUCCCCUUGAGGUGUUUGAAUUCAAGAAGCUCCUUUCUAGUCCCUCUGAUAUUUGAAAUUAACUAGGUAUGGGUCAUGAGGUGGGGUACUAGGCCACUGCUGAGCUCCCAUCAAACACAUUGUUGUAUACAUAACCUGAGCCUGGCCACAUGUUCUCUUCCAGGCUACUCAUUGGUGUCUUGUCUGCUGUGGAACUCAGUAGAUUCCCAUGAAUUUGAAUACAUAUCUAGAACUACUAUUAGUCCUUAUGAACUUCAGCAUUAUGUAUGCUAAGCAGACAUUCAAGCAAUACACUUGGGAUUUUAACCUUAAACACCAGGGAACAAGGACUUUAUUCUAAUUUUUAAGACUAGUCUCAAAAGCAUGCAAUAAAAGAACCACAUAUAGGGGCUGAUUAGAAAUAAAUAAAUAUUUAAAUAUUUAUGACCCUGAAGAUGGUAAUAUGUGGUACAAAUGCACAAAUAAAUUUCAAUGGAAAAAUUGGACUUCAUGAAACUUAAAAUUUUUCUACAUGAAAGAGCACAAUCAAUAAAAUAAAUGAAAAAAUGACUAUUAUUUCCAAAUCAUACAUCUGGUAAUGGAUUUGCAUCAAGAAUAUAUAAAGAAAGUUAGCAACUCAAUAAUAUCACGAAAUAAAAAAUGACCAAAAACUCUGAAUAGACAUAUCUUCAAGAAAAAUUUUCAAAAUGUCAAUGAAAACAUAUGCAAUCACCUGGAAAAAUAUUAUUACCAGUAGUACAAGGAAAUUCAGAAAGAACCAUAUUGAGAUAUCUGACUAUAUUGAGAUAUCUGACUUAUUCAUACCAUAGUUAUAAUAAAAUUAAUAAUAAAGUGUUAGCAGUAAUGUGAGAUAUUAAAACACUCAUUCAAUGCUGGUUAGAAUGGAAAUUAAAACACUCAUUCAAUGCUGGUUAGAGGAAGGAGUCAUUCUGGCCCUCAAAGGAUAAACAGAGUUUUCAAAAGACCCAAUAAUUUUAAUUUAACUAUAUACCAAAAAGAAAUGAAAACAUGUGCAAAUAAAACUAUUAAAUAAGCAUUAAUAAAUAAGAUCAUUCAUAAUAGCCCAAGGUUGGGAAAAAGUUAGUGUGCAAAAACUUAGGAAUGAAAAACAAAUGUGAUCUAUUUUACACUAUGAGUUGUUAGUUGGCUUUAAUAGGAAGCACACAAACAUUAACAGUGGGCACAGGAGUUUAAGGUAAUAAUUCUAUAAAGUAGGACCAUUGAGCUGAUACCCACAUGCUUUCAUUUUUACACACACACAAAAAAUUUAACUGGUGGUUUAACUUAAUAGAUUAUGUUAUAUUCCUCAGCAAAGAAGCUGUUAUCUGCACAAGAAAUGCAGGUCCAAAAUGCCAAUAAGAAUACAAGGUACCCUGUGGGAAGGGAGAGGUGGAAUUUUAUGAGCUUUACAAAGACCUGGUUACAAAACUUAAGGAGAUAAGGAUAAUUACCUGUAACCUUAAAAAUUUUUUUAGGAGCAGGUUGCAACCACAACAGGUCAGCAUAGUUCAAAGUCACCUAGAAUUGCCUUAGCAUCCCUAUUUCCUUUUUACUGUCCCUUCAAUAAAUGUAUGUGUGCUACUCUGAGCAACAUGUAUAAAAUAUUUCCAGCAUGACCAUAAAAAUCAGGAGAGAAAGGAUUUCCAUGGUUGCCUCAGUUCAGUGGCAUAGCUCAUGCCCUGUCACAGCAUGAAAAUGAAUGAAGUCUUGUCACAUGUUGGAAUAUCGAUAAGUGACAUAAUUUUAAGUAUUGAUAUAAAUCACCAAAACCCAUGACAAUUAUUUGAAAAUGUUGAAAUCAAUCAUAAUCCAUAUAUUAUAUAACAAUUAUUUGAAAUGCCACCAGAAUAAGCUUAUCCAUAGAGAGAGGAAAUUGAUUACAGGUUACCUAGGAAUGAGGGACAUGGAAUGGUUAGAGGUACUGGGAAAGUUUGGAUUGUUAAAUGCCUCAACAUUGAAUGUUAACUGAGGUUUACAAUUCUGAGAUUCUAUUCUGAAAUUUAAAAAUUGAAGUGUAUACUUAAAAAUGGUGAGUUUCAUCCUAUGUGAAUUAUAAGCAAACAAAGAUUUUACUUAAAAAACAAUCUGUUAAACAAUGAUCUAUAAGAAAUGUUGAUUCAACUAUGUAUUUACUUUAGUUCCAGCCAAGGAAUCUAUAGGAACAAGUCAUCUCACUUGCAACCAUUCCUCACACUAUUCUAAAACUUUUAACAUAAGAUAGGUAUAUUGCACAUGCAGGAUAAUCCAUUCUUAACUGCAGGAGAGCAUGUAUAAUCAUGAAAGAGUCAUUACACAUACACAAGCAGGAAGUCACCUAAUGAUUUUUCAAAGUCACCUUUGAUUUUUCUACUUGGCAUCCAGGUAUACUAAAUGUUCACUUAUGUAUUUACCUUUAUACAUACGAGUUACUUUUUAACCAAAUAAUGAUUUCUUCUUGGAUACUUGCAAGAGCAGAGGGAAUUCACUGUGAAAGGAAGCCUUGCAUUUCACCAGGAUGUCUAUGAAAAUGACUGUAGUUCUGCGCCUGUUACUGUUACACUUUGGUUCUGGAAGUUGUGGAAAGGUGCUGGUGUGGGCAAUGGAAUACAACCAUUGGAUCAAUAUGAAGACAAUACUGGAGGAGCUCACACAGUGGGCACAUGAGGUGACUGUUUUUAGACCUUCAGGUUCCAUUUUUGUGGAUGGUGACAAAUCAUCUGCCAUUAAGUUUGAGAACUAUGCUUCAUCAUUUUCAAGAGAAUAUAUAGAGAAUUUUUAUACUCAAUCACUUGGUAUAAUUAUUUAUGAAACAGUGAAAAAUCCAUUUUGGAAAUAUUCAAGAUUUCAAAAAAUUAUGAGUUAGUUUUCUGAUUAUGUAGAAACUAUAUGUAGAGAUGCAGUUUUGAACAAGAAACUUAUGGCAAAACUAUAAGAAUCAAGGUUUGAUGUCAUUCUUUCAGAUGCCAUUUGUCCCUGUGAUGAGCUGCUGGCGGAAAUUCUUCAAAACCCAUUUGUUUGCAGUCUCUGCUUAUCGCCUGGUUGCAAAUUUAAUAAAUAUAAAGAGAAUGUUAUGAGAUUAUCAAGAAUUCACCAUGAACAGCCAGUGAAGCCUCUGGACCGAGUUGUCUUCUGGAUCGAGUUUGUCAUGCGCCACAAAGGAGCUAAACACCUCCGGAUGGCUGCCCAUGACCUCUCCUGGUUCCAGUACUACUCUUUGGAUGUGCUUGGGUUCCUGCUGGCCUGUGUGGCCACUGUGAUGUUCGCCAUCACCAAAUGCUGUCUGCUUUGUUGUCAGAAGUUUGCUAAAACAGAAAAGAAGAAAAAAGAGGAAUAGUUUAUUCAGCCUGAACCUGGGAGUCCUCACAGACAGGCAUUUCCAGUUUACUCCAGCAACAAAAGGAUACAAUGCUAGACUCUCUAUUGCCUGUGAGAAAACAAAUUUUCACAACCUACCUAAUGAAUUCAAAGGUUUUUUUUUUUCUUGAGAUUUUAUUCCUGGUCAAGGGGUAUAAACAUUUCAAGUGAAAGAAAAAUCAAACGUCAGGAAAGAUUAAACUAUAUAAAUCUACCUAGAAAUUGAAUAUUAUAAUUUAUUAGUCAUACUCAAAAACUUGAUGAGCUUAAUUAUGAUUAUUCUUUGAGAUAAGACUAGUAAGUAUUCACUCACAGUAUCAACAUGGUUUCUCAGAUUCCUACCUGCUUUAACUUCAUUAUGGAAUAGAUUUUUUACAUUUAACUUUCUUGAAGAAAGCUCUUAAUAAUUACAAUUUGUAAAAAGCAUACUCUUCCUUUUGGGUUUGAGAGACCAGUAUUGCUAGUGUGUUUUAUUAUAAUCCAGUCUCACCAUCAAUUCUCUCCUGAAGAAUUCAUAAAGUCAUUUCCCUUCUUCCACUUAAAUCACUUCCCAAUACAAUGUCUGUGGAAUUAAAAACAAUGAUUCCUAUCUGCUUUCUAUAGUACAAUUAAAGCUAAUUAUAAAUGAA